AUGGGUUUUCUUGAUGGGGAGUUCUUUUGCUGGAGUGAUUCAUCGGUGGUACUCUCAUGGAUCAAGGAUGAUCCAUACAAGUUCAACGUUUUUGUGGCAAAUCGCGUAGCGUCUAUUCAGGAUCUUACCGUCAACAUGAAGUGGCAACAUGUUCCCACGGCUUUGAACCCUGCCGACGUACUCUCCAGAGGUACAACUCCAGAAUGUUUAGCAGAGUCCAAGAUAUGGUUUCAUGGACCGGAGUUUCUUGUUGGAAAUCGAGAUGGAUGGCCUUCACAACGCUGCUUAGAGUCUUCAACGUUGGAAAUGCGUAGUAAGGUCAUGAUAGCCACUUCUCCGUAUGAUGAUAUCACUCUUCGUUGCAAGUACCUUAACACGUUUGCCUCAAUGCAGCGCGUAUAUGCGUUUGUGUUUAAAUUUGUUAAUCGUAUAAAGCAUCCAGGCCUCAACGUGGUAGAUGUCAACAAAGGCACAUGGCUGCUACUGCGAUUGGUGCAGUUGUCAAAUUUAUGGAGUGAUGUCAAGGAAAUUCGUUCGAAGGGCUUCGUCAAGAAAUCGAGUUCAAUCGCUUCUUUGUUGCCGUUCAUCGACCAAUUUGGACUUCUGCGUGUUGGCGGUCGGCUAGCCAAUUCAACUCUUCCCUACGAUGCUCGCCAUCCUAUUAUAUUACCUCGACGGCAUCCCAUUACGUUGGCGCUCAUCGCUCACCAUCAUGAAAAGAAUCUUCACGUUGGAGCUAGAGCAUUAUUAGCAAAGAUUCGGUUACAAUAUUGGCCGAUUGGCGGACUGCGAACUGUGUCGAAGGUUGUUCGCAAUUGCAUCGAAUGCUUCCGGGCCAAGCCCACUGUGCUCGAACCAAUUAUGGCCAGCCUUCCGAAGGAACGGCUUCUGAAUUCUCGUGCCUUUGCAAUAAGCGGAGUGGACUACUGCGGGCCGUUUUACUAUAAAUCUGAAGUUCGGAACAGACCCCCAAUCAAAUGCUACAUCAGCGUAUUCAUCUGCUUUGCUAGCAAGGCGAUUCAUCUGGAGUUGGUGAAGGAUUUGACAACUGCUGCCUUUCUGGGAGCGCUAAAAAGAUUCGUGUCACUUCGUGGGAGGCCUAAUCAGAUUUGGUCCGAUAAUGCGACUAACUUUGUCGGGGCCAAAAAUGAACUUCAUGAUGUCAAGAAACUUCUCCUCAGCGAUCCUCAUAAGGAGUCAGUUCAUCGUGUGUGCCUGAUGGACAACAUCGAGUGGAAGUUUAUUCCUCCUCGUUCCCCACAUUUUGGUGGACUAUGGGAAGCAGCAGUCAAGAGCGCAAAGCACCAUCUGUAUCGCUCUGUUGGUCGCUCUAUUCUCAACUACGAUGAGCUUCGCACUCUGGUUUGCCAAAUAGCGGCAAUAAUUAAUAGUCGUCCAUUGCUAUCAAUUUCAGAAAGUCCUGACGAUUUGGAUGUGCUGACUCCCGCUCAUCUAUUGUUUGGUGGUCCUCCAACCGUGAUUCUGGAGCCCGACCUAACUACGUUGGACUACAAUCGGCUGGAUGGUUGGCAGCGUGUCACUCAACUGCAGCAGGUCUUCUGGAAUAGAUGGCGGGAGGAGUAUCUGACUCUUCUCCAGCAAAGAUCGAAGUGGCGCACUCCUGACCGUCGUCUCCAAGUCAACGACUUGGUCUUGGUGAAGGACGAAAAUUUGCCUCCUCUUCGGUGGCCGCUAGCCCGUGUCCUGGCGCUCAUCCCUGGCAAGGACGGCGAGUGUCGAGUUGCCGACUUAAAGACGACGUGUGGCAGCACCCGGAGAGCCAUAAACAAACUCUGUCUACUGCCCCUGAAGGAUGAUGUUGAAAGAUAG